CGACGGGAGGCUUCCCGGUACUCGACUGAAUUUAUCAUUCGGACAGGCUUGGCGCCGUUGUCGACUACAUGUACCUUACCUCUGCCUAAAAUUACCUUAGGUACUGCUACUACUGCUACUACUACUACGACUACGACUACGACUACUACAUACCGUCGACCUUCCUCAGCACCACGUGCAGCCGGUUUCGUGAGCGUCAUCAUCAAUCAUCAUCAAUAUCGACUUCAAAUUGCUUCAGAAGUGCACGUGCUCCACAGCCUGCCAUUACUCGCGCCGACGACGUGUGGGUAGUAGCCUGAGGAUCUGCCGCAGGAAACGCGGUAUUCGUUGCUGGCCGCUGGGAUCUAAACCGGCGAAUAUCGACGCUUAAACCGGAGUCGCGAGUCGCGUCGCUGGGAGAGGGCAGGGCCGCACCCGCGCGCUUUUUUCUGCCACGACGGCACACCUUGCUCUGUGCUCUCCUGCCAGCUGUUUUGGAGCAAGGGUUCAACUACCGACCAAAGCCCGUAGGGCCGGCCGGCCAUGCUGGCUGGUGCGUUUUACCCGAGAGCGGAUACCGGCUUUGGAUAUGGCCCUCGCGAUGGCUCCCUGCCGCGUCGGCCUCAAACCGUCGAGCCCAUAUUGGAUGCUGCCAGCUUGUUAGAGCCGUUGACGAGCUUCAACGAGAAUCUGCACCACCAAAUCUACGCCUCCGAGCCAUCAGAUGAUGGCACAUCGAAGCCUCCGCCGAAGCCCGAGGGUUUCUCGGAUCCGUACCUCUAUCCUAUGCUCACUCGUAAUGAGCGCUUACGCCUGACCAUGCUGUGGUACUACACCCGGGACCUCCUGGGCGACGAGGACCUCCUGAAGAAGAUGCAAGCCAAGGUGGACUUGUUGGCGUCCAUUAUUGGUUGGGACUUCGCCAUCUGUGGGCUGAUCGACAAUGACAUAUUUGAGCGCUUGAGCACCACUGGCUUACCUCUGGCUCGCUUACCCAGGCGAGAAAGUACUUGUUCGCAUACAGUGCUGCAACAGCCGUCCAGUUCAGUCUUCUUCAUCCCCGACUUGUCCGAUGAUUGGCGUUUCAAAGAAUCACCACACGUCAGCCAAGGUGGUCUGAGAACCUAUGCGGGAGCACAAUUACGGUGUCGUGUAGAUGGGAAUGACCAGGAUCUAGCUUUGGGAUCUGUAUGCGUCGCCUCGAACACACCUGGCUUGGCGCUGAAACCCUCUCAGUUGGAAAUUAUAGUCAAGUUUGCCGAUAUGCUCACCGAGGACAUCAUCAACGGCUCUCGGCGAAAGCGUGCAAAACAGCAAGAGCUGAACGAUGCGUUGCUUCAAGAAGCUUUUGCAGAGUCGUUCAAGAAUCCUACAGAGGCCGCGGUAUUGAGAAUUCUUGGCCAAGCUUUCCCGAAAGCCCAACUCAGCCUGUUACCCGUUGAAGGGGGUAGAGUCCAGCUGCAGAAUGGCCCAUCGGUCGAAGUGCCCGAUGUACAUGUGAAGAGUACGACCUGGGAGGAUCACGACCUGAUUGAGCAGCUCCUUCGCAACCAUAACCACGAGAGACUGAGCGCUACACAACCUGUUCGCGCCAUCAUCGGCACGUUCCCGAGUAAUGCGGUCAACACAGCGCUUGUUGUAUCUACCACUGACAUUACGUUUAUCUUUGAUGACGUCGAUGUGCGAUUCGUGGAAGGCUGCGCGAUGAUACUAAGGAGCGUUGGGCAGGAGAGGUCUUUGCAGGAAGCUUUGAAAACACGCGAACGGUUCUUACGGGGCAUCACGCACCAAUUGCGCACGCCGAUCCAUGGAAUCCUAGGAUCCGUGGACCUACUGGUAGACGAGUUGAGCAAAAGUAGACGUAACAGGUUGGCGAGUGCGCCCACGGAUCACAGGGUGCCCGAGAACCUGAGGAUGAUCCAGAGCUCUGGGCGCGAGCUCAUGUCGACAGUGAACAAUGUGAUCAAGUUCAAUCGCUGGACCGAUUCCGUCCGCACUUCAAAGACGGCAACCCUGGGAGCACUGGAUACCCUGGAAUCCGAGAUUCUGGAGGAGAUAUCUAGCCUUCUGCCAUCAGACCAAUCAGAUCGCAUGUCAAUCCUCUUCUGCAACCAGCUUCCUGCCGAAGUUGGGGCAGUACAGAUCGACACGAUCGUGGUGAAAGAUUGCCUGCAGUCUCUCAUCCUCAAUGCGGUACAAAACACGGAGCAGGGUAGUGUCGUGAUCUCUACCUCGAUGGCGUCGGAUCGCUCGACUAUCAUCUUCGAUGUGCAUGAUACCGGCUGUGGAAUUCCAGUCUCCGACCAGAGCCGCAUAUUCGAUGCGUAUGAGAAAGGCAACGCUCAUAGUACGGGAGCAGGCCUUGGCCUGACCCUUGCAUAUAACAUCGCCAACGCUUUGGAUGGUGCUGUCACGCUCGUGUCAUCCGUGCCCGGAGUUGGCUCGCAUUUCCAGGCACAAUUUCGAGAGCCUAGUUUUGCAUGUUCGAUGGAUGGUGCAAGAGCGGUAGUCAAAGAGAGCGUACUUCCCAGUCGCUUUGCCAUUCUGUCCUCCUCGAACCCAGUUUCCACUUUCGAUGAGCACCUUGCACACGUGCUUGAAACCCGAGGGCUGGAGCUUACAAAGGACAUAGCAGAUGCACUCGUAGUCGUGCCGUUUCACAAUCAACAAUACGAGGACCUGCUCCACCAGGCUGCGCAGUGCCCGGCCACGAUUUCAUUGGUUCCGGCAGGGCAAGAUGUCUCUAAGUAUCAGAAGUCUUACCCGGGUAUCAUGUUCUUCUCAGGGCCGUUUACCUCGAAGCGGCUCGAGGAGAUCAUUGUAGCAACAAGGAGUACAUGUAUGGCUCGCCGCUCGUCCUCGUCCAAGGUACAGCACACUGCAGACUCUGAGGUCAGCAUCGAAGCUCGACCGGUAGCGCAACGCUAUGACUCCGUUGCACCAGAGCAUUUAUCCAGACUCAAUGCUAUGACUCUAAACGCUGCUACACCCAAUUGUCUCAUUGUGGACGACAAUGUGAUCAACUUACGAAUCAUGAAGAUGUACUGCGAGACACGAAAGUUUCCGUACACGACUGCAGUCGAUGGUCUGCAGGCUGUGUACAAAUACAAAGAAGCCGUCGCAGGUAUUCCGAUCAAUCUCAUCUUGCUUGAUUUGCAAAUGCCGAACUGCGAUGGCAUAGAAGCCUGCGAGCAAAUCAGAGAUUUCGAGGCCAAGGAAGGAUUGUCUCCGGCUGCUAUCUUCAUCGUCACCGGUCAAGACUCUCCCACCGACAGAACAAAGUCUUUUGAGGCUGGAGCUGAUAAGUUCUUUGUCAAACCGCUCGCUCUGAAAAGUCUUGAUAGGGGAAUUGCAGAUGUGUUUGACGAUAACAUGAAGUCGGCUCCAGACGUGUAGCAUCAGCCGUGGGCGCGAGAGCCACGUUCUCUCGUUGACGGAUCAUAGGAACUACAGAGCACAUACAGCGUCCCAUGCCCACGAGCGGAAGCUGAGGACGAGGAUUUGUGCUUCAGGGUCUCACGCCGUCGCUAAAUAGAGGCCAGCAGCUGCGCAUGACAAGCCAUGUUUGCAUUGCCACCAGUAAGUCCGAUGUCGGACACGAGUCAUGAGGCUGCCACCGGAUCAGCACACUACCUCCUAGGAGGUACGACUUUCACCACGAUGGCCUGCCCACCUGGUGCUUUGGCUGCCCCACGCAUAGUCCUGGAAGGUGGCUUCAACCAUUAGCAAGACCACUGGUCGCAACGCGAACAUUGUUACAUGUACAGUCGGAUCAUCUUGCCCUGCUUGACACGGACCAGAGACGGCUGCGCUGGUGAGGGCAAUCCCUUUCGCGGCUUCACCUUUGAUUGCUGGACCGUUGGGGCUAUCAAAGGCCUCAGGAAUACACGACCUUUUCUUACAGAUAGGAUCGUGGAUACUGGAUCUACGGAGACAUGGACAUAAACAACAGAAUCUGGAGAAAUGGAAAUGAGGCAUCAAUCAAGUGACCAAGAAGCCUGCCAUCUUCUAAGACUUUUUCUAUUAGCAAUACAUAUAAUAUACAACCAUUCAUCUACGGUUCCACCUCUCGCUUUCAUCACAUAAAAUGACAACGAGUAGAACCCUCUCUCUCCCAUUCCCUCUCCAUCCGCCUCCCCUCCAUCCAAACCAAAUACUCCACAAACUCCAACAACACCUGCACACAAUGCAUCCGCCCCUGCGUCAAGAACGCAUUCCACACCGCAUA